CCGUGAAUAAUAACCCACGAAGCAAAUAUUUGGGAAAAGCUUCGAAAAGAUAAAACCUGUAUCGUAUCACUUUAUCAAAUUCUAAAAUAAGUUACACAUUGACUUCACCGUUGUAUUCAUAUACAUGUACCAUAUCAUGUGAUAAUGGCAAAUCGGUAUAGAUAAACUUUGGCAAAAAUACACCUUCGUCACGUCAUUUUGGGAUAUCAUAGUCCGUGCGGUUACAAGGAAAUACGGUUGGUGCCUUUAUUUCCAGCUUUACAGACAAUACUGCUGAAACAGAAUGGUAAACUUUGGAGGGAAGACGAUUUUACUUCUGUUGAUUUCCAUCCACAUUGGAUCGGCUAGGAGUGAUGAAUAUGACGAAUGUCCAGAAAUUGAAGGACCAACUGUUUGGAUUGACAACGCACCAGACUGCCAAGCCAACUCGUCAUACUGUCAUCACUUUGGACUCGAUUACGUCUGCAGCACCAACAUCACAGACGAAGGCAAUUCGUGUCUUGGUGGCACCCAGGUCAAAUGUGCCCACUCACAAGCACCGCCUCUGGCUACGCCCCUUCCCAUCAACACUUUAAAGCUGAUCACCUAUAAUGUAUGGGAGUUGAAUUAUCUGGUGGCUCAGAUCGGACAGCGAGAGCGAACCUGCCGCAUCCCCGCUAAGAUCUUCAAGAUGAAUCCCGACGUGGACGUCGUUGUCCUAGAGGAGGUUUUCAUGGGAGGCUGCAUCGUCAACGUCAACAACUCCCUGACGAUGAGGGACAUACUUGGAGAGUUCGGUUUCGUCCACUCCACCCGGACGGUAGGAGACUCCCUGGCCCUCCUGCCCGGGGCGAGAGUGGCAGAGAAGCGCAACUCCACUGCGGAAAACGGCGGUGUCUUCAUCGCAUCGCGCUGGCCGAUUGUCCAGGAGAAGCAAAAGGUGUUUGACAACUACGAUCCAACCACAUCAGAUGCCCUCUCUGCUAAAGGGGUAAUGUACGCCCGAGUCCGUAAGACCGUCGAAGACGCCAGUAAAGAUUUCCACAUUUUUGGUACCCACAUGCAGUCCACUGAGAAGACAGAGUCACCUGGGAUCAGAGUUCUGCAGGCUGGUGAGAUCUUCGACUUCAUGCAGGGAAUGUCCAUCCCAAUCAGCGAACCAGUGAUCUACACCGGGGAUCUAAAUGGAGACUUAAUCAAUAAGGAAGAGAACGCUCGGGCUAUAAUAGAUGCCCUGAACGCCAACAUGCCAAGUCUCAUCGGUCCAAUAAAAGUUACCUACGACCACCAGAAUAAUGACAAUCUCGAUCCAACCGACAAGGAUGCCGAGUAUCUAGACUACAUCCUCACCAGCAACGGUCACGAGCAGCCUGUCGGGGCCAGUACCCAGGUGUUUCGUCCGCGAAGCGACCAGCCCGUUGAGGUUUGCAGAGAUUUUCGCCUGUUCAAGUUCUUCAUGUACCCACACUCCCCUGACUGCAGGGAAACGAAGACUGUCAGUGACCUGUCUGACCAUUUUCCAGUUGUGGGUAUCUUCCAAUAUCCCACAGACAAGGCAGAGAUGACGACACAGGCCCCUGGAGUCCACACAACAAGCAGUGGCAGUUCUCCGGUUACUGGCGCGGUUUUUGCUGUUGUGACAUCGUUGACAGUGUUGAUAAAUUCACAUAUCUUCAAAAAAUUGAUCUUUAUUUAAUUAGAGUUGUGAACUAGCAACGAUCUACAAUCACUUCAUUUGAAAAGUUAUUAGCUGAAAGGUUGCAUCUAUUAGAGUACAUUUCUGUCAUACAUUAUGUUGUACCUUCGAUUUUCACCGAAUCUAGAACUGAGUACUAUCAAGCUAGAUGACCUGUCGGCUUGAUCUACUAGCCAGGCUUGCCUUGUCUAAAAUUGUCUUGUUUUAAAGGGAAGAUACCACAUUUGUAAACAUCACCAAACGAAAUGAUCAAAUUAUCACGAAAUACCUUACUGGA